AUGUGUAAGGACUUCGAGUGUUCUAUAGACUUCACCAAAUCACUGUUCCGUGUCCAAGAAUCAGAUGGAACACAUGAAGAGAAGAGAAGACACCAAAGAUCGAUCACAAAGCUACGCCAAAACGCAGUCAUUGUUAUAUUCAACACUGGUCACUGGUGGGCUCACCAGACAACAUACGAAGGGUUUCAAGGAGGGAAAUUGAGUUUACGAAAGAUUAGAAGUGAAGAAGCUUACACCAAAGCUCUACUUCAUACAUGGGCUGAUUGGGUUGAUUCAAAUACCAACAGCAUGAGAACCAGAGUCUUCUUCAUUGGUUUCAGGUAA